UAAUGUUUGUCCCGAAUUGUAAUGUGAAUAUACAGGUAUGGCACAACGUUUAACUAUGAUUGGGUACAUGUACCCGCGCACAUGGAUCAUAUUACUGCUAGCGUGUUAUGAUUCAUAAUCCAGUGACCGUCGAUUUAACCAGGAGAAAUGUAAAUAUAGCAUAAAGGUAUACUAGAACGUCUAAAUAUAGACAUCGUCCGUGAGCACGAGGUACCCCGAUAACGCACCUAACCAUGACCUUUCAACAGUGUUUCACAAUACCUAACGAGGAUUUGUGUCAGCUGGAGUUCGAUCCACAGCCUCGUGUUAUAAAAUUUGCUUGAAAAGUGUACACUUCUAUAAGAGAAUAAGUUGACAAUGCUGCUACUCAUAAUCCGUCAUACGAUUAGAUAGACUUUCAUCAUCGUGUGAGCGAGUGAUACAUGUACUAUACUGAUCAAUGUGUAUAUGGUGGUGAGGUCAGCAGCAGGAAGGCGUAAUGAUGUACAUAUAAACAGGGAGGAUAAGGGGAUACGAACAUCACACCAACAAUAUAUAACUUAACACAGACAAAAUGAUGGUAAACUUCCAACGUAUUGUGUUAAUUCUGGUGACACUAUAUACACAAUGUGUACUGGGAGUAUACAACCAAGAUCUAAAGUUAAACUGGAACUCGGCAGACUUUGGAAAUUAUUUCAACGUAGCAGGGAAAAAAAUUCCAAUCGAAACAAACGACAAAUUUGUUGAAAAUGUCUUAGACAUGAGUAGAUCGUUUCUUCGCGAUGGAAUAAUUGGCUCCCUGCUUCGGGACUUUGAAGGUAUACAAAAGGAUACCGGAAAUUUAUAUUAUCAAAAACAUUCAGACGAAAUUAGAGAAGCGAACGUGUUUUCUGCAGAAAAACAAACCGGAGGUCCAUAUGAGGUAUCGUUUACCUGUUUGAACGAUACCAAACAAGUGAUGUUGGAUAUCUUAGCGAAGAAACCGUACGCUAUUGGCAUGUUGGAUGCUGACACAAAGAUUCCUAGCGGCAUAAUGCAGGGGCAUUGGUUAUGGCUCGGGAGCUAUGAUGAAUGCAAGUCUGUCCAGUCUCCUUCACUGCCCAGUGGUCAUCAAAUCACCGGACAGUAUUGCUUAACAUCAACCUUGAAAUAUUUACCGGUGAUGGGAUACAAACCGUUAAGUUUCGGUACGUGCGUACCAAACAGUUGUAGCGAGGACGACGUGAAGGCGUUACUACGUAGCUUGAUUGAUAACGGAUCGGGUCCUCCAAAGCCUGUUCUAGCUGUAUGUGACAAGGAGAAGAGCUAUUCUAACGGUGACAUCACAUCAUUGGUGGUGUGUGGUAUACUGGGACUGCUGGUAUGUAUUGGGACUCUGAUAGACAUAUACCUAAGGUAUACGGACGAUGUUGGACAUAAACAGGACGCUAACCGGCAGAUGAACGGACGAGUCAUUCAAACAAAUGAAAGGACUGGACUUUUGUCCAGCACGUCCGUUUCUCUUGAAGAAAAUCCGCUGAUUCAUCCAGCCAGUAAUAGAGUAAAAAGAUGGCCGAUGUUGACGUCAAUCAUGACGUCAUUUUCUUUCGUGAAGAACACAGAGAAGUUACUGUCGACUUCUACAGCAUCCAGUCCAUUGUCUUCCCUCAAUGGCAUGCGCGUGCUCAGCAUGUGGUGGGUCAUCCUCGGACACACUUUUGAAUUACCAAUAUCUUAUCAAGUAGUUCAAAACCCUCUGCAAGCUGCAAAAAUAGGAAAACGAUUUACUUUCCAGGCAAUCUUGAACGGAACCUUUUCUGUCGAUACAUUUUUCUUUAUGAG